CUCGAUUCGACGUUGUGUGAAAUCCCGUAGAUUCGCGGCAAAUGGCCGCUGUGGUGUAGUUUUCGUGCGAGAGUGUUGAACGUACGAACGCGUUCGGCUGUGGCCGCACAUACGAGACGUGCAGGCGACGUGUCGUGUAACGUGCGUGUCGAUUGUACCGUGCGUACAAUCGUCGUCGUCGUUGUCGUCAUCGUCGUCGUCGUCGUCGUCGUCGUCGUCGUGGCGCACGGGGAUCGCGAACGAUAUAUCCUCGGCACCGGGAAAUAAACGCUCGCGUGAUGUGAGGCGAGAGCGUAGCGACCGCGAUCGCCUACACGCCGUGGCCAAAGUGGUGGUGGUGGUGAUCUCGCGCGCCACAAAAACUGGCUGUGGCUGGCGAUGAACGCUGCGAAAACGGACGAUCGCGACGGCACAUCGGUGAUGAAAUCGGUGUCGGCGGGUGAGCUGGGCGUGGAGGAAGAGGUUAAACUCGCGGAGCCGCGCGGCGCCACGCGGCUCAAGCGCACCUUUACAUUACCGAGAAACCCGUUUCAAAGCGCCAAUAGCAGGAUGUCUCGGCGACGUCCCAAGCAGCAACAGCAACAACAACAACAACAAUCGCAGACCCACGGUGACACGAAAGACGCCAACAACGGCGCGUCAAUAAACGCCAAGGAGAACGCCAGGAACAACGCGCGGAACGCGGAAAGUAUGCAGCAACAUGGCAGAUUGCUAUAUGGCAGUCAGCAUCAGACCGGGCAGAUUCAAGAGUGUCAGGAGCGACCGCUCGGCAAGAAGGUGUUCCGUCGACCUUCUUGGAAGAAGUUCAUGAGCAAGAUAGUGCGGCACAUGUCUGCGGUUGGCGCGCAGAGCCACAAGAGCGCGUCUCACCACAACCACCACCAUCACUACCAACGUACCAUCGUUGCCGAGGAUCUCGGCUCGAGUGCGGGCGACAUCAGGGUACCGCCGCCGCCGAGACCAACGCAUAUACCGCCGGAUCGCGUGCCGGGUGUUAUAGGCCUACGCAAUCACGGCAACACGUGCUUCAUGAACGCGGUGCUGCAAUGCCUGUCCCACACCGACAUCCUCGCCGAGUACUUCGUGCUGGAUCAGUACAAGGUCGAUCUGUCGCGCCGCAACAAGCUCAAUUCGAAGAAAUACGGCACCAAGGGCGAAAUCACAGAGCAGUUAGCGCUGUUGCUCAAGGCGAUAUGGAGCUGUCAGUAUGAUCCGGAGAUGAGCACCGCGUUCAAGAGCGUCGUCGACAAGUACGGGAGCCAGUACCGUGGCAAUCUGCAACACGACGCCCAGGAGUUUCUUCUGUGGCUGCUUGACAAGGUGCACGAGGAUCUCAAUCAGGCAACUAAGAAAAAGUACAAAAUCAUAAAGAAUUCCUUUGGCAGACCCGAUGACAUUGUGGCCGCCGAGACUUUAGCAAAUCAUGUGCGGUGUAACAAUUCAUUCGUGCACGCUGUGUUCCAAGCACAGUUUCGGUCUAGUCUGACUUGUCCGAGAUGUCAUCGACAAUCAAACACCUUUGAUCCUUUUCUAUGCGUGUCAGUACCAGUACCGCAGAACCAUCGUCAGAUGAAUCUUUAUGUGAACGUUCUCUACACUUCUCAACAACCGCGGCAAGUUAAGAUUGGCGUGAGCGUGAAUCAGUCGGCAAAUAUACGAGAACUCCGAGAAAUCCUCGCCAGCGAUACCGGAGUGGAUGAAAAUCACAUGCUGCUGACUGAAAUCCAUGACGAAGGAUUUCACAGAACCUUCUCCGACUGUCAACCUUUAUCCGUGAUUACGGAGAACGAUCCGCUUUACUGCAUUGAGCUGCCGCAAUUGAAAGAACCUACGGAACAAGCAUACAUCUUGCUGGUAUGGAUCAACGUACUUGUGAAGGGAGAUCUAAAGCAACGUUUCGGUAGUCCGUACACGAUGCAAGUGUCGCGCGAAACUUCCUACGAGGAUCUGCAGAAGCUUCUGCUGAAGGAGAUGCAUAGUACACUGGCGGACGACGUUCUCACAACCAGUCAAAAUCCAGGACUCUUCAACAUUCGCGUAGCAGAUCCAGCGGCAACACCUGUUCAAGAUGAACAUCCCUGCAUCGAUCCUUGUGUAGAACAUCCGCUCUACACGGAACAAAUCGAGCAAGCGUUGGCGCUUUGUGCCGAUGAUUCAGGUCCUCAACACGUAAAACUGAUUCUUGAAUGGGACGAAGCCACCAAGUGUAAUAUUAUACAGGACGACAGUGAUCCAAUCGAGGAACAUGCCAGUGUGAAACAGUUAAAGACUAAUUCUGAACUAGGUGGCGCGGUUACUUUAGAAGAAUGCUUCGAUUUGUACACACGAGCGGAGAUAUUAGGAGCGGAAGACGCGUGGCAUUGUCCAUAUUGCAACAAGAAACAAGAAGUUGUGAAAAAACUAGGCCUUUGGUCGUUGCCUGAUAUAUUAGUUAUACACUUAAAGAGAUUUCGUCAGCAAUCUAGGCAGCGGUCAACAUCCAAAUUGACUAUGUUAGUUGACUUUCCUUUGUACGGCUUCGAUAUGACGCCGCAUCUUGCCCACAACGGCGUCCAAACAACUCACAAUAAUGUCAGUAGUCUGGGCGGUUUGGGUUGGUCGCCUUGGAAAAAGCCGCGACCACGGCAACACAAUAUCCCCAAGUAUGACGAGAAUGUCUACGACCUAUACGCGAUAUGCAAUCAUCACGGGCAGGAUUUGCAAGGCGGACAUUACACUGCGUUUUGUAGAAAUCCAUACGACACGCAAUGGUAUUGCUUCGACGACACGCGCGUAGAAGCGGUCAAUGACACAAAUCUGAUAACAAACGCGGCAUAUAUGCUGUUCUAUCAACGAAGAGGCUUGUCCAAUAAUUCCACUGGAAAUUCGUCUGCGGCGUCGACGAGUUCAGCUGGUUCCGGCUUGGAUCACUGGGUAUCAAAAAUGCCGCCGUUUUAUUUCAAUAAUAAAACUACUAGUGACGUAACAAACAAUAAACAAAGUAAAUCGCAAGAGAUACUAUGCCAGGAGAAGAUCGUCGAAGAGAAGAACAUAACUAAUUUUACUAGAGGCUGUGGCAAUUACGCGACUCUGCAGCCAAAGAAGAGGAACGCGGCGACGGAAACUGAUAUUGGGCAGAUCGAUCAUUAUUCGGACGAUGAAGCACCUUGCAGAAGAGAAUGGAUUUCACCAAAAUCUGUACGAAAGACUUCAUCCAUCACGUUGACACCACAUAUAUCGCCAGCAAUAAUUCAAAAUGCCAGCAGCGAUCCAAAUACGACGGUGAUACAUGAGUCGACGUUGUAACACACGAUAUAAGCCAGACUAAGAAGUCUGGCUCGAGCGAUGCUCAAUGUACAGUGCCUAGUGUGUCGUGAUAUUUGAACGACAUCGAGUGGCAAAAUGAAAAACAAAAAACAGUUUUGAUAGAAUUAAAUAAAUCCGUUAUUUUUCGAUUACCAGACACACGCGAACGAUGUAACCAGAGACAAAUGUUUCUUUACUUCGAAUUUAUACGGAAAUGUUUUUGCGUACGGAUAUUUUUGUGAAACGGAUUUCAGCAGUAUGUUUAUCUCUCUUCGUGCAUGUUUAAAAGUGUAAUAAACUUACACACGAACGAUUUUCUGAUAAAAAUACAAGGCAUUAGUAAGUUUUGUAAUUGUAAUACCAUGUUUGUACACAGCUCUCACGUGAAUUGUAUCAUAAUAGCUUUUUAAAAGAAGACAAAUCUUAUACUCAAAAUAUAAUAAUGAAGAAUUGCAUAUUCUUAAGAAAGAAAAAAAUAUAGUGUUUAUUAAUGAUAAUAUAUAA